AUGCCUGAUCGGGAGUCGGUAGGAGGCCCUGGGACUGCAGGCAGCGGUGGUUUUUUGCCACUACAGUUCCCGUCCGCUUUCGCGGCUUUUCACGCUUCUACACCGCCUGGGGCUCCUGCCACAGCUAUGCACCACGCGACCCAUUAUCAUCAUCAUGCCCAGUUAGCAGCGGCUGCGGCGGCUGCGGCGGGCGCGACCAGCGAACUGAGCUACCUUGCCGCUCUCCACCCUGCGUACCGGCCUGUUCCCUACGACCAUCCACUAUAUGGCACCAACACUUUACGAGGUUUAGAAUAUUUAAGCGCGGCAAGAAGUCUACAUCCAGAACUACACGCUGGCAGUACGUUGGCAAGUCAAGACUUUCAGUUGAGUUUAGACGGAUCAAGAAUAGCCUCCCCCACGAGAUUAAGGUUAUCCGGUGGCGCAAUAAGCGCAUCAGCAAAUCGCAAACGUGCAGUAUCCUGGAGUCCUUAUUCUGCAGAAUCUUUGGACCUUGCUGCAGUGAUCCGGGCGUCUCCGGCCAGCUUAGCUGUGAGAGCACCAUCUGCAGCAUCUACUGGCAGCUAUGGGCACCUUAGUGCUGGAGCAAUAUCUCCAGCGUUAUCUUUAUCCCACGCGUCUCUGGCGCAGCAGUUGCUGGCGCGGGGUGGCGUGGUCGGUGGUAGCGGGGUCUUAGCUGGUGGAGUUCUUCUUGAUCCUGCACACCAGCAAGCGGCUGCCGCGGCUGCCCAUCAUGCGGCACAUGCGCACCUUGUAGCUGGGAUUCAUAGGUCUCACAUAUCUUCGCCGACUCAACUUCUGCUAGGCGGUCCUGUGGACGUCAGACAAGGUCUGGGUCUAGAUGGGAGCGCGCCGCAACACCAACAGCAACCGCCUCAACAGCCAGAAAUCACUAGCGUAAUGGAAGCUGAUAGCGCAUCGACUGCUCUAAAUCAAGGGAAGUCACCACAAAGUUUGAUGUCACAUCGAGAAAGCAUGCACAGCAAUAAACCAUUGUCAGCCGCGGCAGAGAGUACCGUCCACGACGGCCUUGACUCUAAGGAUGAACCCGGUGAUUUCAUCGAGACUAAUUGCCAUUGGGUGGAUUGCAAGCUAGAAUUCCCGACACAAGACGACCUGGUGAAGCACAUCAACACCGACCACAUCCACGCCAGUAAAAAAGCAUUCGUGUGCCGAUGGGUCGGCUGCUCAAGGGACGAAAAGCCUUUUAAAGCUCAAUAUAUGCUGGUUGUGCAUAUGCGGAGGCAUACUGGCGAGAAACCUCAUAAAUGUACCUUUGAAGGAUGCUGCAAAGCAUACUCGCGGUUAGAGAACCUGAAAACUCACCUACGGAGCCAUACAGGGGAAAAGCCGUACACCUGCGAAUACCCCGGAUGUGCUAAAGCCUUCUCCAACGCCAGUGACCGAGCCAAGCACCAAAACCGAACGCAUAGUAACGAGAAACCAUACGUUUGCAAAGCGCCCGGAUGCACAAAGCGGUAUACGGAUCCAUCGUCACUGAGGAAACACGUUAAAACUGUCCAUGGCGCUGAGUUCUACGCUAGUAAAAAGCACAAAGGCUGCAGCCGCGGGGAUGACUCCGCGGAGUCUGGGGGCGGGGGGGCCGGCUCCUCCCCGCGCUCGGAGGAGGGCGGCACUGUUGGUCCUCGCGGUCAUACCUCCUCAGCAUCCGUCAAGAGCGAAAGCCCCGCUUCUCCACUACCCCACGCUUUACACACGCCGGCACACCAGCUUUCAGCGCAAUGUGGGGGAGAAUUGGACUUUGGUGGUUCUGGACUUGGCGGCUUCAGUGAUGAGAAUGGCGCUCCUUACUUUAGACUCGACGGAGAGGUGGAGCAAGAGGUGGUGGGCGAGGUGGGCCAACUGCCGCUAAUGCUCCGAGCGAUGGUGGCCAUCGGCGAGCCGCGCACGCAGCACGCGCCGCACGCGCCGCACGCGCCUCGCUUCGGGCACAAGAUGGCGGCCGGCGCGCGCCUGCUGCCGCACCCGCCCGACCUGCCCGCAGGCGGUAUACAAGGUCGGACUGAGAUAGGGAGUACAAACGUGGCGGUGGAGUUGAAAACGGGCCUUCCUAACACGAGGCGAGACUCUGGGAUCUCUUCCGGAAGUAGUCUUUAUAGCGCCAGGUCGUCGGACAUCUCGCGCAAGAGCAGCCAGGCGUCGGUGGCGUCGGGCGCGCCGGGCGCGCCGGCCGCCGCGCCGCGCCUCGCCGCGCACGCCGCGCACCAAGCCCUCUACGACCCGCUGUCGCCUGACAGUAGCCGCAGAUCUAGUCAAGUUUCCUGUGUGGGCUACGCCCCAGCGCCAUCUUCAGCACUUGCUGCAGUGCAGGCUGUGAGAACUUCACAGGGCAAUCAGGCUGUACUUCUCCGAGGGGUUACAUGCUCGGAAGUGAGGGCGGAAGAGCUAGCUCUCGAACUGGACCCAAACGUUCAAGUGAAAGAAGAAGCGAGACGGUUAUCGGAGCAGUCGAAUCUGAGUGAUCAAGCCCAGGGUUAUCAGCCGUACCCAUGUGGAGCCGACGAAGUGGGCGACGCUCCGUUCCAAUUCAAAACGGAGGACGAGCACGAACCGGUAACGUACAAGGAGUCUCGCUCCAACUCUACGAACACUGUGGUCAUCACCACCGCUCAAGUUCAUCACCCUAACCAGGAGGUUAACUUGGAACAGGUCGCAGAAGGAGAAAUGGUGGAGAACAAGCUGGUGAUACCAGACGAAAUGAUGCAAUAUCUUAACCAAUCAAUAUUGGGAACUGACUCGGUAAAACCAGCAAAAACGGACUCCACCAAUCCAAAGGAAACCGAACCCAGCAAAGACAAGAAGGAAACAACCAAAGACGAUAUAACGAGUGAUAUACAGAACGCGAACAAUUCGAGUGACAAAAUCAGUGAUGUUGCAACCAGUGACGAUUCUCUACUCAAAAACUUAGGUGCCAUAGGAAGUGAUCUCAAUAUAAGUGAUAUUCCAGUUGAUUUAAGAUCAUUAGACGUAAGUAUGUCGGGAAAUAGUGGUUCUCUAUUAGCUACUAAAACCCCAGAAGACAAAAGUACUCCUCUACAGGAGCAAGUCAUCCCGGAGGUUAUAACUGAAAAAUGUGAACCUGAUUACACUAAACCACCGACCAGUAAUGCAACAACGAACAACCCGCUACAAUCGCUCCAAACUAUGACAGCGAAUCAAACGGAGCAGUCGAAUAGAAUGAGAAUAAACAAUCCCCUACCUCAGAAACAGACUCCGGCUAUGAGUCCGAAGACGAUAGUCAUGAGUCCUCAGAACGUGUUGAGUCCCAGCCUAGCUCAUAGUAUGCUUAGUCCUCAAAGUCUGCCACAUAGUGCCAUGAGUCCACAGAGCGGAAUGAGUCCACACAACCUACCGCAAAGUGGAAUGAGUCCUCACCAUAUGCCGCAUGGUGUCAUGAGUCCUCCUAGUGUAUACAACGUUAUGAGUCCGCAGAGUGUCAUGAGCGUCAUGUCACCUCAGCAUAACGCUAUGAGCCCACAAAGCAUGCAGAGCUUAAUGAGUCCGCAAAUGCCAAACCAAAUGAUGAUGAGUCCGCGACACAAUAACCUCGGAAGCCCCAUGUCUCAAAACAUCGCCAGCCCCAUGAUGAACAUGGCAAGCCCGAUGGCGCAAAACAUCGCUAGCCCUAUGAGCCAUGGUAUGUCAAGUCCGAUGCACCCAGGUCUACAAAGUCCGUUGACCAGUCCAAUGGUCCAAAAUAUGUCAAACAUGACGAUGAACGGACCGCCAGUGACGAACCAAACGCAAAACGUAAUGAUGAACAUGAAUCUUAACCAGCCCCCUCAAAUGGCUGGAGGUGUACCCCCUUACGGUAACAAUCGACAGAGCUGCAAUGCGAAAAUUCCAAAUAAAAACUACACUAACGUGCCUAAUCAAUACCAAAAUCAAAAUUACGGUCCGGCGCCUCCUUAUCCCAUUCAAAAUCAACAAAAUAUGAACAUAAGAGGGCAGAACAUGCAACAAUAUCAAAUUAUGCAGCAGUUCAAUCAAAAUCAAAUGCCAGCGAUGCGACCGAUACCACAGAACCACCCCAAUAUGAUAUACAAUAAUCAGAUGAUGAACUAUCAGCAAUCGAUGAACUAUCCCAACCAAAAUAAUCAGAUGCAUCCGAUGCAAAUGUCGCGCUCUUCUGCUAUGAGCACCGAUAACAGCGGCAACAUAAUGCGGAGUGUAAACAGCUAUUGCGAGCAACAGAACCAAUGCCUACCACAGCAAAACCAACAGUACAACCCAAACAUGCAAUAUCCCCAACCGCCCCCAUACAACUCAGUUGUGAACGCCGCGAAUGUAAUGGGGCCGCCGCCACCAAAGAACAAUCACCAAUACAACCAGGCGAUGAUGAACAACAACCAGUACUACAAUCACCAGCGUUCUUACAACCAAUGGGACUAUCCAGGGAAUCAAUUCAACAAACACAAUAUGCAGAAAUCGGCCCAAAAUUCCAUCAACAUGUCGACCGGAAGUCAGAAACCUGCAAACGGAACGAGGGCGUCAAUUAAUUGCAACCAAAUGAUGAAGAACGAUCAGCAAACCGACUGCAGUAUGAAUAGCGUUAGGAGUCAAAACAAUCAAGCGAGCGACGUCCAAGUGUGGGACAUCUCUCAGUCUCAAAUAGAAGCGUCGAAUAGUAGAAAGAAAAAUCAGAACACAAUGCGACAGGACACGUACCAGCGAACCCUGGAAUACGUGGAGAACUGUGAGAAUUGGAAGAGCUCGGAAAUGGUUUCGAGCAGCACUCACCCGUUACAAGGAGGCGAUAAUAUGGUUGUGAACGAUCUGCAAACGUCGUUGUCGUCGUUUUACGAAGAAAAUCAAUAUUUACAAAUGAUACAAUAG